CGUCGGCCGGCUGCGCUGGGCCCUUUGUCUCCCCUACAUUCUGCUGGAUUUCUUUGGCGGCUACCUAGGUGCCGGUCUUGUCCUGGCUACCUAUCACAAUAAAAUCAUUGACUAUGCCAACAAUCACGAUGGCGGCAAAUUCCUCGUGAACUCCACAGGAUACAUCUUCAUUACACCCACGGACUGCAAUACGGGCUUCACGUUUGAAUACCAACUCUUUACGACGGCCGGCAUCGCGAUUGGCAUCUACGCCUUCAGUGAGCCCAAACUGGUCCCACUGCCGACCUAUGUGUGCUUCCCUUGGUUGGGCAUGCUGGUGUACCUGGGCAUCGAUUCGGCCGGGGCCGUCGGUGGCGCCCCCUUGAACCCCAUGCGUGACUUUAGCCCGCGUUUGAUGAUGUUGUCUACCUAUUGGGGACCGGAGGCCUUUCGAUUCAAUUACGCUGGGUUUUGGGUGCCGUUAGUGGCACCUACAAUCGGCAUGGUGCUUGGAGCCAUCAUCUACGAGUUACUCAUUGGCAUCCAUUGUGACCGGGAAUUUCCCGACGAAGAGGACGCCUCCCAGAACGGUGAUGUUGAGUCCCAAGGGAGCAACGAAACUGACGGGGGAUCAACGGGCGAAGGGGAGGCUGCGGGGGCCGGGGAAGAAGAAGAAGCCAGGGAAGAAGAAGCUCCAGCUCAC